AUGGAAAAAGUUAAAGACAUUAUUCCUGAUUAUAACGAUGGAGACUUUCUGUGUCCUAAAAGUGGGGCAAAGUUGGCCUCUCUCUUUGGUCUGGACCGAGCAGAGAGUCAGGGAAACGAGUCUUUCCAAUUCACCGCCCCUAAACAGCCCAAAAAGUCCUGCGCCAAAUUAGGCCCGCCUCCUCAGAAGUCCAUCCCUCCUCCAUGUGCUCCAGCUGUGCUGUUUGCUGCAGCUGUUCAUGCAUUCAGCUUUGUGAAUGGACAAUAUGUAAAGCAAGGCAAGAUAGGAGCUGCUGUUUUAGGAAACCAUGUCACCAAAGAGUACAAGAUUCUGUUGUACGACAGUAAACAAAAGCAGAUCAGUAUGGCUCGAAUCCAUCGUGGAUUUGUCCUCACAGUUCAGCCCUGUAACUAUGUCACUUUCUAUGAUGACCAGCAACAAAACUGGUCUUUAAUGUUUGACUCAGCAAAGUCCAGGCCUGAGUUCUGUAAGGAGGUGUGCGUGGCCCGGUGGAACAGUGAGGCUUUGUCAGACUCUCUGGUCACUCAGGACCUGGUCCAAGGAGAAGGUCAAGCUGUUGAUGUCGGGGACACAGUGGAGGUGGCCUAUUCUGGAUGGCUUUUACAGAACCAUUCUCUAGGACAGGUAUUUGAUUCCAAUCUGGGCAAAGAAAAGCUGCAGCGAGUAAAGCUCGGAGCAGGCAAAGCUCAGAGGGGAUGGGAGGACGGGAUGCUUGGCAUGCAGAAAGGAGGUCGACGUCUCCUUAUCGUCCCUCCUAGUAUGGGUCAUGGUUCAAAGGGCGUCCUUAACCAUGUGCAAGCAAACAGCACUCUGGUGUUUGAUGUUGAGAUUCAUAGAGUUAAAUUCUCCAAAGUCCGACAUAGUCGGGAAUCAGUUGACACCUUCAGUGCAUCUCCAAGCAGACCAAAAGAGAACACCAGCCAAUCUAUCUAUCUAGUCCAAGCACCCAAGGGGAAGGUGGAAUCUGUAUCCCUGACAAGUUCAGGUGCUUCCAAAUCCAAGCUAAUCUCACGUAUAGCCAAGAUGGGUCAACCCAUGCUUCCCUUUCUCACUGGGGCCAUUCCAGCUCAGCCUGACCCCAGCGACUCAGAAAUAGAGGAUACCAGUGAAUUGAUUUGUGAUCCCUCUCCUUCACAUUCCCACUCACCAAAUCCUACACAAAAGCCCUGUAGUUCUCUGUCUCUGUCGUAUCAGCCUGGUGAUGCUCAGAAACAGGAAGCAGUGCUGCCAGAAGCAGACUUAAACACUACUCAAGGCUUUCAGCCAUAUUCCUUCAGACAACAUCCUUAUUUUCCAACACAGCUAGAUUCAUUUGCCUCAGUCUACCCAUCCCAGCACAUUCCAUACCAAACACCUGAUAUCACAUCAUUCUUGAUGUCUGAUGCUCGCCAACACAACACAGAAAUUCUGCUGGCUAUUGAAAAGCUGGCACGCAAGGUGGACCAGCUGAGCUGCAAGGUGGAUGAGCUGCAAACAGAGGGUCACCUCUCUUUCAGACUCUCCUCUGUGUCCUUAGAGACAAACAUGAUCCUACACAACAUUCAGAGAAUCAUUCAGGAGAGUAUGUGUCUGAAAAAGGAGGUUCUGGAGAAGAGUUCUCAGGUGGAGGAACAGAACCACAAAAUAGAAAAGAAUAAGAGGUAUAUGGAGCAGCAACACAGCCAGACUUGCCGGCUUCAGGCUGAGCAGGAAAAGGUUCAUUUGUCGGGAGAAUUGGGAUCCUCCACCACACAAGCACAUCAGCUGCAGCAGGAGGUGCUCAAUCUCCAGCAGAGGGCAGAGAAGCAGAAGUGCAAACAGAUGGAGGACAUCAUACAAAACACGGAUGAGGAGAUGCAAGAUCUGAGGGCUGAAAAGGAGAAUCUGGAUCAGGUGAAGCGAUUGCUGAAUGGAGUGUUUCAGUCUCUCAGGACAGAGAUUGAUUCACAGGAAUCUUACAGCGGACACACGGUGCUUGAGAUUCUCCAAAACACCAUCAAGAGUAUCACCGUGAAACUUCUCUCAGAACCUCGGGAGCUUGAAUCAGGCAUAGAUGAAGACAAAGUAGAGGAAGAGUACUUGUCAACUGAAGAGUGUCUGCAAAUCAAAAACAUGAAGAAGGAAAACAAUGAAAUAGCGGGAAAAGUGAGAAGCAGACUUGCAUAUAAGAGCACUUGGAUGAAGAGAGGUUCACAGAAGUCCACAGAUUUAGGAAAGUCUCUCUUUCAGGUUCAUUUGUCGGGAGAAUUGGGAUCCUCCACCACACAAGCACAUCAGCUGCAGCAGGAGAUGCUCAAUCUCCAGCAGAGGGCAGAGAAGCAGAAGUGCAAACAGAUGGAGGACAUCAUACAAAACACGGAUGAGGAGAUGCAAGAUCUGAGGGCUGAAAAGGAGAAUCUGGAUCAGAUCCUGUCAGACAGGAAGAGGAAGUGGCAGGUUCAUUUGUCGGGAGAAUUGGGAUCCUCCACCACACAAGCACAUCAGCUGCAGCAGGAGGUGCUCAAUCUCCAGCAGAGGGCAGAGAAGCAGAAGUGCAAACAGAUGGAGGACAUCAUACAAAACACGGAUGAGGAGAUGCAAGAUCUGAGGGCUGAAAAGGAGAAUCUGGAUCAGGUGUAUCCUGUCAGACAGGAAGAGGAAGUGGCAGGGGUUAAAAGCUCUUAUUUUGCUGUAGUAAAGUGUACUGAAACUGAGCUGGUGUAUCUGGUGCAGGUGAAGCGAUUGCUGAAUGGAGUGUUUCAGUCUCUCAGGACAGAGAUUGAUUCACAGGAAUCUUACAGCGGACACACGGUGCUUGAGAUUCUCCAAAACACCAUCAAGAGCAUCACCGUGAAACUUCUCUCAGAACCUCGGGAGCUUGAAUCAGGCAUAGAUGAAGACAAAGUAGAGGAAGAGUACUUGUCAACUGAAGAGUGUCUGCAAAUCAAAAACAUGAAGAAGGAAAACAAUGAAAUAGCGGGAAAAGGCCAACAUUAAAAAGGAAGCAUUUAUGCUGUAGAUCAGAACACCUGCAUAUUGCAGUCUGUUCUACCAUAAGCAUUGGUUCACAUACUGAGAUCCUGAAAGGGGAAUUGCUACUGUCCAAUCACAGUUAAGAAGGCUAAUUAAUGUCCAAUCAGUGGACAG